AUGGCCUUCUGGAAGCCCGGCACAGUCGCACCGGGCUCGACAAUCGACCGCGAGACGGGCAAUGAAGACGCUUUGGCGGCAUCAUCUGCAAAUCAGUAUGCCCAUCUCAGCUUGACGUCUCAGCGACAGCGACUGCCCGUCUACAAGCAACGCACAAAGCUGCUACACCUCGUCGAGCGCUACCCUGUCCUCAUCGUCGUCGGCCAGACAGGAUGUGGCAAGACGACCCAGAUUCCACAAUAUCUGUUCGAGGCAGGCUGGGCAGCCCAAGGACGCGUGAUAGGCUGCACUCAGCCUCGACGAGUAGCAGCAACAUCUGUAGCCGCUCGAGUGGCACAGGAAGUAGGCAGCUUGCUGGGAGACGAAGUAGGCUACACGAUCCGAUUCGAAGAUCUCUCGUCGCCCACUCGCACACGAAUAAAGUACAUGACAGACGGCAUGCUCUUUCGUGAGGCCAUGCUCGACCCUUUGCUGUCGAAAUACAGCGUCAUCAUGAUCGAUGAGGCUCACGAACGAUCAUCCUACACCGAUCUAUUGCUCGGCUUGCUGAAGAAAGUCAGGAAGAAACGUCCGGAACUGAGGUUGAUUGUUUCGUCGGCUACCAUCGAUGCUCAGGCGUUCCUCAACUACUUCAACAGCAACAUCGACGGCGCAGAUAGAACGCAAGAUGAUGCUGCUAUCAUCAGCUUGGAAGGCAGGAUGUAUCCUGUCGAAGUGGCAUAUCUCGACGAGCCAGUAACGGACUAUGUUCGGGCGGCCGUCAAGGCGGUGUUGGACAUUCAUCUCAAGAUGCCAGCGGGUGAUAUUCUCAUCUUCCUCACCGGGAGGGAAGAGAUCGACCGCUGCGCAGAGGACAUAACAGAGCAGAUGUAUGAUCUACCCGCUGGAGCGUCCAAGCUCUUGCCGCUACCGCUGCACGCUGGCCUCACGAGCGAGCAACAACUUUUUGUCUUUGAGCCCGCACCUGCAAAGACGCGCAAAGUCGUCAUCUCGACCAACAUCGCAGAAGCAAGCAUCACCAUCGACAAUAUUCGAUACGUCAUCGACAGCGGCUUUGUCAAGCUACGAACUUUCAAUCCCAGCACUGGCAUGGAUCGCCUGACUGUCACCGGCGCAUCUCUUGCUUCGCUCAAUCAGAGGGCAGGAAGAGCAGGAAGAACAUCGGCAGGCAAAUGCUUCCGUCUUUUCCCGGAGCCAGCACUAGCAAAGCUACCAAAAUCGACUCCGCCGGAAAUAUGCCGGUCAGACAUAUCCCUCUUUCUUCUGCAACUCAAAGCGCUCGGUAUUGACAACGUCCUUCGCUUCGAUUACCUCACCCCUCCGCCAUCAGUAAUGCUCGCUCGUGCACUCGAAUUCUUGUACAGCUUGAAGGCGCUUGAUGACUACGGCCGUCUUACUCGACCACUUGGCAUGCGAAUGGCAGAAGUCCCCGUCGACCCAAUGAUGGCCAAAAUUCUGCUCGAUUCAGACGAGUUCUCUUGCAGCCAAGAGAUCCUCACCAUCGCUGCGAUGACAUCUGUCCAGAAUGUCUUUGUCACGGGCGAAGGAGGCGAAGGCGCGAUAUGCGAGAUUGAGAAGCGCAAAUUUACAGCAGAGGAGGGCGAUCAUCUCACACUUCUCAAUGUUUACAACGCCUUUACUGGCCCGGGCAAGCAAUCUGCAAAAUGGUGCCAUUCUCAUCGACUCAAUUUCCGAGCGCUCUCUCGAGCCAUCUCGAUCAGAGGCCAGCUACGCAAAUACCUGCAACGCUUCGACAUACCCAUCAUAUCCUGCGGCGAGGAAGAGUCGCAAAUACGCAAAUGCCUCGUUAGCGGCUACUUCAAAAAUGCUGCGAAGAUGCAACCCGACGGAACUUAUCAGUCCCUGCGCGAUCGAGCCUCUCUGUCUGUUCAUCCUUCGUCGGUGAUGUUCACACGCGUCGCUCCGACUGGCUAUGUCAUCUUUCACGAGGUCAUCGAAACGACAAAGUCAUUCAUGCGCGACAUCACCGUUGUCGAUCAAGAUUGGCUCAAGGAGUAUUCAGGCGGCUACUAUGUUGCGGGCAAGAGCUGA